UAUACGACAUACGUGUCGUCGGUCGCGAUCGCGUGAUGCGCCCAUGCGUCUGAUCGGUUAGCGUUAAUUUCGUCAAAUCUCGCGUAAUUACGACGUAAUCGGCGAAACGCGGCCUAAUCCGUUCUGGCGGAUGAGGUAUAUUACUCGGUAAACUCGCCCCCCGUGUAUUCGCGGCGGUUAAUGUCGCGCGACGACACAGAACGCGACGUGGAAGUGCAGCAGCGCAGGGAGAUCUCUGGAGGGGCUCACGCGUCGCUCGCCAGGGACGCGAGUCGCUCACAAGCCCGCCAGGCACUCGUGGCAAACUUCUCGUUGUUCGAUGGCGUUCGACGGCACGGCGUUCUCUGAUUGCGGUCCUUCGAAAUCGAAAUUGAUCGAUCGAAAGGCAAAUCAACUCCCGAUUUCUAAAAAGGAAGUUCGGCGCGGCUAAAUCUUCAGCACCGACUGUGAAUUUCGGAACCAGCGUCUAUUUUGGUUAGACGUCACUGCAAUGUCUUUUAACGUCAUUCCGCUACUUGGGAAUACACGUGUGCUUCGUUCCCAUAAGGAAGCAGGAUAAUGGAGCGACGCGGCACGCAAUCGGCUUAUCCUAACGACACCGACAGACGCAACGCUGCGUGUACGGGGAAACGUCUCGCGUCCUUACUUCGAUAUUGCCUGCAGGAAUUCCGGGAAUCACUCGGCAGACUCUCCCGGCGUGUGUUUUUUGAUAGCCCGUCUUCUCGAACGCUGAAAAUACGAAGGAGCUGCCAUUUUCUAUGACACGGUAACGUUCACACAAUGAAAUGUGAGUGACGGUGAAAGAAAUUUCAUGAAAUUGGAGAUUCAAGAUUAACCGGCGAUUAAAUGUACAUCCCUGCUUCGGGUUAAUGGAGCGCGACUCAUGGAAGGGAACGCGAUGACACGCUGCCAACCGAAGACGAAGGUUUCUUAAGCCCGGAUUAGAAGGCCGUCUAAAACCGCAGCCUGUCCUCAUCUCAGAUCGAUCAAAUCAUUGACGUGAGCUCCUCGAAGGGAGCUUUAAACUUCGCGCACUAGAUUCAGCUUACGUGCGCGCGGGAGGAGCUGCUUCAAUCACGCGCGCGCGGCAACAAAUCUGCGGAAAUCUGAAACUGUGAUUCUACAUGACGGCGGAGAUCCGCCGGAGGAGAGGAGAGAAGGAGAAUCCCGCUCGAUUGCCCUUAAUCCUCGGAUGAUCAAAGGAUCGCCUGCUGGGAGCAGAUUUAUUCUAUGUCUUGCGAAUUUUCGCGAGGCCGGCUGCCGCGGCCGUAGAGGCUGCCGCAUAAACGAUGCGCUCGUCGGUGAAUUAAAGCGUGUACCUGGGCUGGUCGUUCGGACAAUCGAUAAUGCCGGGUCGUAAAACGCCGCGCGAGGCACGUAGCGUGUCUGAUAAAUAAUGCAAUUCUAUCGAGAGGGUCGACGUCCCGAGGUGUGAAGCGAAAAGCGCUGGAUCAUUCUUAGUGCCUCGUACAGAUCUCGAGAAACGCCUUGUGUCAAUUAUACGACGCUGGAUUCAGUGGCAUCGAUCUCGUCGAGUUGAUUGGAAUGCUUGCUCCCCAGAAGAACUUGCGACGAGGGCUAAUUGGAAAUUAGGAACAAGUGUGUUAUCCGAGAUAAAGUGAUCGCGCGUGUGCUACACGAGUGUGCUCGAGAAAGUGUGCGGAUUUUCUUACAUUUUUUUUUUUUUGCGAACCACCGACCGAUUUCCGUGACGUCAAUUGCGAAAACGAUUCGGAAUAGUGUCGGAUUUGGUAAAUAUUUGUCGGUACUUCGAAAUCGAGUAGUUUAACGCGUCACGAGGCGUCUCAUCGUGAUUCAAAGCUCGUUCGAUGUGAAUCGAAAAAAGGGGUCUUUCCAUAUUGACACGCCACAUCAAACAGAACUCGUGUUAGAGGCUCGGGGAGGAUAUGGUGCCAGAGAGUGCAUAAAUCGUAGCGUACGGGCAAUUAAGAAGUAAAUCGGAAGAGAGGUAAUUAACGUAGUAUCUAAAGUACGAAAGACGCGCAUGCCUCGUGGUAAUUAAUUACUUUCAAUGUGAGUUCGGAAAAGUCGGACGAUCUCUUGGGUAUCGUUACACGGACUUGAAGAAUGGCACGUAACUCGAAUGAAUAAAAGCGUAACAGCGGGUAAAUUUUCUCGGGAUAGUCCUAAUUACCGGAGCACACAACAAAGUUGCAUGAACUUCGCGGCGUGGUGCCGAAGAAUUUCCACGCGCGGGUACACGAGAAUCUUUAAAAUAUAGGGAUCUCGCGAGGGGGAAACACGUGGGUGUUCUCAAAGUCGUUCCAAAUUCGCCUCGAAAGUCAACCUCGUUUCAACCUUGCUCACGACAAUUCCGCGGGAGCGAGCCAGAAUGCGGGCGGUGCCGUGUGUGCUUCGUUAAACUGACAAUAAUCUUCAACCGCGCGUCACGAACUUGUACGGUCGGGAAAAGCGGAGUGUUGGCAAAUGAAAUUCCGCGACGUGCACUUUGCGAUGACGUCGUUUCGUGAUUUGAGCACUCGAGCAUCGACGCACGCGUGAAAAUCCGACUCGCGAGUACAACGGAGUAUUGCGCAUCUUGACAGGAAGAGAAAAUCGUUACGGAAACGAAAUGGCAGAAAUUUGAAGAUUCGAAAGGAGAUUAUUCAUGAGUUUUCUUGAAAAGGAGGGAAAAAGAAACAAUUUUCAUACAACGUACUCCGCGAAAAGAGAAGCAAGAGACCGGGCAUUGUUCGUCGACGACCAUUAGAGCAUGACGGUCCUUAUCAAAGCAUUCGGGCAUUGAUAGCCUGUCGAUUCGUUUGAAUAUUCGCAAGAGGAGGAUCACAGAAAGAACGAUUGUCACAGAGAUUUGCGCGAUUCAAAGAAUUAUCUCGAAAAAAAAACUAUAGAGAAGUUUGUGUGCGUGACCGCAGUUAUCACCGGGAAACGAUAAUCGACCGACAGUUGACGAUUGUCGCCGCGGGGAGCAAAUGUCGGACCUUAUCGGGGUCGACCUGGUCGACAUGUGAUGUACCGCGAGGCGACAAACAAGUGGUGUGCGCGAUUAGUUACGAGAGAGAAUGACGGUGAUAUGCACGUCGUUCACGGAUGUUGUUCAGUGCCGGGAUGCUGCAGUGAGUAACUGUCAAUAAAAGAGCGGCGAGUGUGACACAACGAGAUCAGUUUCGUCGUCGUCGUCGUCGUCGUCGUCGUCGUCGUCGUCAGCGUUGUUGUCGUUGCCAUUGUCGUUGUCACCGCCGUUCGCGGAGGAGAGUAAGAAAGGAGCCGUUCGAUACCGCUCGCAGAAAUAUCCAGUAUGAAGGAUCAUCGAGGAGGAUGGCUGCGCGCCGUGCUAUCCCUGAUAACGUUCCUCUCGCAUCAGACAGAAUGCGCGGCCAAGAACGGGAGAUCCGUAGUGGAGCACCAUCCGUCCUCUUACUGGGAGCAACCCUUUAGUCAGCCUUACUUCGACAACACGACAAAGAGGGAGACCACAACCACCGUCGGGCAAUCCGCUUACCUGCACUGCAGGGUGCGCAAUCUUGGCGAUCGUGCGGUCUCAUGGAUCAGGCAGCGGGAUUUGCAUAUCCUGACUGUCGGCAUCCUCACGUACACGAACGACCAGCGUUUCCAAUCGUUGCACAGCGACGGCAGCGACGAGUGGACCCUGAAAAUCAGUUCGCCGCAAACGCGGGACAGCGGAAUCUACGAAUGCCAGGUCUCGACGGAGCCCAAAAUUAGUCAAGCUUUCAACUUGAGCGUAGUAGUCUCGAAGGCAAAGAUCAACGGCAAUUCGGAGCUCUACAUCAAAAGCGGGAGCGACAUCAAUCUGACCUGCAUCGUGCUGCAAACGCCGGAACCACCAUCCUUCAUCUAUUGGUAUAAAGGCGACAACGUGAUAAACUACAGCCAACGCGGGGGCAUUAGCGUCGUGACGGAGAAGCAAACGCGGACGUCACGUCUUCUGAUCAGCAGAGCGCUGCCGGCCGAUUCCGGCAAUUACACCUGUGCGCCAUCCACAGCCGAGUCAGCCAGCGUUCUCGUCCACGUGCUCAAUGGGGAGCAUCCGGCGGCCAUGCAGCACGGAAACUCCAGCAACAGCGGCGCGGCCACGAGGACGCUCGCGUUACUCCUGUUGCUCCUGCACGCCGGCUCCUUCGCGAGGUGACUGGUCGAUCACGAGGCGCUGCAGUAAGAGAGUAACGGCCGAUAGUUUCACCCAAGCGAGAUCGGGAGGAGAGAGAGGGGCGACGACGUGGCGAGGGAGGAGAGACCACCCAGGAGGGUGCAUGGAGGAGACGAGGCGAGAAGCACCACUAACCACUCCGUGCUAACCGUCACCUGCCAGACUUUAUAAAUCAGCAGAUUUCUUCAGAUCUUCUUUCCGUAUUGCGCAACAAUCGGCUCACCGGGGGUGGAAAAGUGCGCGGAGAGAUGGAGGAGAGAGGACGAUGUGUGCGCACACCAGCGACCGCUUGUAACAAAGAGCUUCACUGGCUUUACUCUCGCUCCUCCACGAUGACGAAACCAACCGAGGCCAGUGUCCGGCUCGAUUUUUCCUUAAAACAACCAUCGUGUCCGUGUGUGUCGUUGCCGUCGUGACGAGACACUCACGCUACAACGAUCGAAAAUAACAACGUGUAAAUCCGAGACGACGUGCGAAUUCGGAGGAUGUGUAGACUAGACGACGGGGCGAGGAUCUCCUCGGGCGACGAGAGAGAACAUUCCGCGAAGGACGAGAGUGAACGUUCCGUUAGGACGAACGGAAGGGUUCCAAUGCGCUUUGACGGGGACGAAUGAUUUCUCUUACGUCGACGUUCACGCGCAUGCGACGGUGGAAUUAGCAUUUCCUUUUCCCCGGUGAUCGCGUAGACGUGCAAGAUCUAUCGGCGGCGAGCGCAGCUGACUGUCGCGGAUUUCAAGAGGUAAGAACCAACCGUGUGUUUUCAUGUGUCCGGUCGGACUAACCGGGCGACCCAGAUACGCCACGCAAAACCGCCGCCGUGGAAUUCCACUCAAUUUCUGGUCGCCGGAUGCGGUAUUGCUUCUUCCGCGAGGAGAGAACAAAUAUUUUUGGGGUUCGUCGGACUUAUCCCCCCCGCAGUCGCGCAAACUUUCGAGAUGUGUAUCUAUACAUAUGCCGCCGCCGCGUCAUACGAGCGUCUCGUAAGCCCGGAUGUGCACUCCGACCUGCCUGUAAAACUUUGCGUCACCUCCAGCUUUCGAAUGCAAUUUCUUUUCAAUCGCGGAUGCGCGCACAUUGUAUAUGUAUGUACGCAAUCUCAUAUUUUAUAUUAGAGAAUGUUAUCUUUGCUAUUAGAACACUGAGACGCCGAGUUUAAGAUAUGAUAUUUUAAAUUCGAUCUACAUAUCUCUCUCAAUGUGCAGAAUAAUCAUUUUAUAUCUUUGGAAAGACAUAAAGUAUCUGACUAAUUUUUAUCCCCACAUCGAGGGAUACAACGCGGGCGAGAAACAUAAAUCGUGCAGGUGAGAAAAACGUUAUAAUGUAAAUUUGUUAUUGUAAAUUGUGCAUCGCUCUCUUUAUCUACUUAUAAAGACCGCCGCAACUUUUCUCGCCGUGGGGAUUCUUACAAGCGGCUCUCUCGAGUUGAUUCUUUCACGCGCGAAGAAGUUUCGCCGAAUAAAUAUUUCUCUCAAACGCGCUCGCCGCUUACUACGGCACUAUACGCUGACGGAAUCGGCUACGACAAUAAUCGAUUUUCGCCUUUCGCGCGAGAGACGAAAAAGCCACUGAAGUAUCUCUGAAUUAUGCGGCCCGGGCCAUGCGGAAUUCGUAGAGCUUGGCAAGGGGAGGACGCCCGCAGUUUCGCCCCGGCGCGGCGGUUUCCCAUUUGCAUCUCAGGACGCCCGAAUUUACGAGCCUGAGGGUCGUCGAUCCUCGCUACGGACCACGAGACCGUCGCCGUAUCCGUGUGCGUGUAUGAUAGACUCGAUAAGUUAUAUAACUAAGCUCGACGUACCGUCGUUCGCGGGAGGGAAAUAUCGGCGUGGUCGAUACGGGGGAUUGAGCUGAUAUAUUUUCGCGCUAUUGUGUGCUAAGGCGGCGCGCGCUGAAUAUCUGCGUGUUUAAUUAAAAAUAUUAAUUUCUCUCACAGCUAAAAACCAAGGCUGCUCGGUUUCAUUUUCGAUUUUACUUUUAUGCAGACACAUUUGCGCGAAUAAUACUCUCUUUUUUUUUUCAUUUUACUGAUUGAGGACGUCGAGUUUGAUCGUUUAAUCUGUCGCAUUCCGCAUACAUCAAAUGUAUAUCAAAUUAAUUGCAUUCCCAUCCGAGAUGAUCGAGAUUAUAUCACGUCGACGGUCGGCUUGUGCGGUCGCAGUUAACGCGACCAGCUGACGCGCUCGGAAUGUUCUUCGAAUAAAGUUCCACCCGGCGGCGUUCAGUUGCGGCAUCCGAGCGGCGUCGACCCCGGGAAAUAUAUCGGUCUCGCGGAAAGUGACAGAAAGUUUAUCCCGGGGAAAACGGAAGCUCGCGGCGGCGGCACGCGAUACCGCGGAUACACGGAUUAAUUCGACGCGCGUGCUAAGCACCCUUGAGGGGAUUUCGUCCGAUUUCGAUAGAAAGGCUCGGACUUUGGAGUCGCUGAUGUCGACCCAGGAUAUCCGAAAUCUGCGUUUGAAGCCUCUGAAUAUUUCAAUUCGCCAUCAUCACCGAUCUGCCUCGCGAUUCGUAUCUCAUAAUUACCCCCACGUCCGGGUGCGCAUCAUCCGGCACGCGAUUAUCAUCGCGUCAAAACUGGAAGAUCCUGCACGUGGAGCUGGCACGUCGAGCGGCAGCAUUGCCGAGAGCGGACAGAUUGACGUGAAUGCGGAGAAAACGCUACGUGAGAACCGUGAAUAUUGUUAUGGUGUUCCGACGACGACGGAUGGAGCAGAGCGCGGGAUGCGCCGAGGGAAAACACGCGUGAGGCACUCACAAUGCGCGGCGGACUCGCGCUCGCUAAGAUACCGUUAAGCUUUAAGUGAUUAAAGAAUCGUAUCGUACUGGUCUAUCCGUGUAUACGUCUCCAUAGAUCUCCGAUCGCGAGUGGGUCGGUCGUGUCGCAACCGACAGAAGUCCGUGGCGCGUAUACAUGCAGGCGUACGACUGCGGCGCACGACGUGGAAACGACGUUGUUCGCCGUCGUAACAAUGCAUUUAUGGCGUACUUUCAAGGGAUGUACACGGCGGUGCUAAACAAAUAUUCAGCCGCGAGAAAGACAGAGUUACAAAUGAUUGUGGAAAGAUGUAUUCGCGAAGAAGGCGUUCGGAUGAUUGAUUAUUUAUCUAGAUUUCUUCGUUGCAUUGCUCUGUAAAUGGUUAAAAAUAUGCGAUGCACAUGUUACGUUAUACAUUUCGUAUUUGCAUUUGCUGAAAAAUCAGAUUGGAAGAAUAAUCUAUUCUUAUGACAAUUUGAUAUUAGUCAGUUUUUAAGAUAAUUCGAUUAUAUUUUUUUUAAUAUUUUUUUUUACAUUUAUGUUAUUCAUUUAUUUUCAAAUUCAUACUAUUUCUUAUAUUGUAUUUUAAAUAUUACACAAAUUAAAACGGGCAACAUGUAAACGUAGGAGUGAAACAGUAAAAAAUAGAUGGAAAUUCCUGCGAUGGUCACCGCUCUAUCUUUCCGUCGAGUGAAAGCAGUGCCGAAUAUCGCCUUAAGGAUUCGAUUAUAUCCUCGCCUUGGAUACGCAUUAUCAACGCCACGAUCGACCCACGAAUAGCCGUACUGUACAUACCUUCUUGAAUGUAAACGAUAAACGAUCGCUGUAACUCUCUUCGGCAUGAUUAAGAACCACGAUGUAAUUCUUUACUAAUUCACACUCUUAGAUCGAUCGAGUGCUUCGAAUCAUCUAAAACGCAAUCGUUACGCGAGACUUUUGUCAUCAAUGAGUAUUGAUAAUCAUGGCCUGCCGAAAAAAAAUUUUGGACAUUUUUUGGAACUUUAGCGAGUGAAUUUUCCUGCUAAAAGUAUAAUAAGCGGAUGAAUGAGAAUCUCCGAGUAAAAGAGAAAGAAAACGUUACAUCGCAGCAGUACAAUAUUUGAUCGCCAUGAUCAUCGUGCUGAGCAGAAUCAAUUGGUACAGUAUCAGAAUAGACGGAUUAUCUACAUCAUCGAGCGAAUCAGCCAUCAGAGAAAAAUUAGGAAACGACUUUCGAGAAAAAAGAAAAAAAGGUUAGCGAAGACGCGGCACGCAGCCUUGUAAAUAAGAAGGAUUUCCGAUCGCGUUAUUGUUACAGUUCGCCCGUGAUGAACACCAGGGGUGCGCAAAGCACGAAGACCCUUCGCCCUUUCGCCCGUGCGUCUCACACCUCUCCUUUCAAUAGAAGCAAGCACGCGAAAAGCACCAAAGUGCGAGCAUAUUAAAUAUUAAUCCCUCCGCCGCCGCGAGGAGUAACUUUACUUUCAAAACUAAAUUACAAGGGUAAAAAGGUGGAGCGCCGAGAGGUAAUACCAGGAAUUUCGCUGAGGUAGUGGUGGGAUCGAACGAUCCCCGGCGCGGAGCGCGAUGAAAUUUUGCGCACCCCUGAGUCUAAUAUCUGCCGGCGACCGAGGUGGUCCUCCGUUACGGACGAGAAGAGAAUGCGCGACGUGGUUGUAUGUUCCUGGAGAGGAGUUUCCCGACGAGACGCGUUCCCGACGAGCGGACGGUCGUUCCGCCGAAUUCGGUCGUCGGGCACGAGAGAAUGAGUUCCGCAAAAUCACCGCAACCUCCCUCUUUUCCUCUCCCUUCUCAUCCCAUCACACACACACACACACACACAUACACAUACACACACACACACACACACACACAACUUCUACCCCCUGUUCCCUCCGACAUGCUUUUUUAUACGCUGAACGAGAUCUGUCCUCGUUAGUACUUGUAAAUGGCUUUUGCGCACAGGCGGGUGCCGCUAAAAUCCUGCUUCUGUAUAUUCCGGAAAGAUAUAAAAAAAAAAAAAAAACACGGGACUCGGACGCGGGCGCGAUUAAUUGGCUCGCGCGCGUCCGAGUCGCAGAAGAAGAGCGAGAAGCGAACCGGUAGCGAAUAAGUUGAACCCGAUUGUACGAGAUCAAUUACUUGUUAGCACACGAGCGAUCAGCGAGAUACGCUCUUAGCGACACACUACUCGAAGGAUGUUAAACUAUCGAACGUACCAUUAAUGUAUAUAUAAAGGAGCAGUAACGAUUUAUCGUUUAUGUUGAAUCCAAUUGUACCAGAAUUCCUAAAGACAAUUAAAGGAGAAGAAAUAACGGAUUA